GGAACGUCUGCGCCAAGUGUUUUGGGGGAGUGGGUUGGAGAGACAAGUUGUCAUAAUCACCACAUUGCUCAUCAUGUCCAUCAUUGUGUUGAUCAUCGCCAUGCUGAUUACCGUGCUGACGUUCAUCAGUUUGCGAGUCAUAUUGUCCGUCAUCCGGGCCAUCAUCUGGACCAUCGUUAUGCUCAUGCCCAUGAUCUCCCUCACGAUGGACAUUUUCCGUUGGCUCAAGCCUUCCUUUGGCGCGAAAGCCUUGGAUUUUAAGUUUGAAGCCCUCGCCGAGCGCCCGCGCCAGCGAGACCUUCCCGCCGCCAUGUGCGGAUCGAGCGCUGCUGCCGCCGACGUGCGUGUCUCCCGCCAUACGCGCCGCUUCCAGACCUACCCGCUCCCGCAGGGGGGCCGGGGCCCUGGCGACGGCGGCGAGCACCUGCGAGGACGGGUGGGCAGCUCCCUGCUGGAGGGGCGGGGCGACGAGCGGGUGACGGCCAUCGCCGACCCUGACGAGAUGGCGGCCCUGCUGCUGGAGGCGCUGUUCCAGCCGCCGGACAAGCUCCACGCAAUCCUGGGGGACGCGGCCAAGGUCUAG